AUGAAGCAGAGCAGCAGCAUUGAUACGCCGCAUUUGUUUUCGAUACUUCAAGCAAACCCCUCAAUAGCGACAGGUCGACUCGGACAUAGCCACGAACUGAUGCAACAUAAGGCUUUGGGGUUCUGUAUCUGGGAUGCUUCGCUUGGGUUACACGAUGAAGUACUGGGCCGACUGGGACAAGGGCAUGAUGAGCUGCCAGCAGAGUAUCGGUACGUCCAAGGUCACUCAUAUACUCAGAACUACUUGGUGCUCUCUCCAUUCGCCAAACACGAGUACAAUUACGUUGCCCGCCGAAAGGGUGUGUCGAUUCCUCCCACUACAGCCGCACUCCGACACGCCGCUGGUACCGACGAUUUCCACUGCGCAAAAGCAUCUGGGUCGUGGGCCUUUAGUUGUAAAGACCGCGAACCCGCUACUGCUUCGGAAAGGAGGCUUAUAACUGACCGACGUCCAAGAGCAGCGAUAUCAUCAUCUCUGGGUCGCCGCCUUGCCACACCUCCUCCCCUAGGGAAUCAUUGGCUACUUAGUCAGGCUAGUGACUGUUAA